CAUCAGGCACAUCCUUAUCCACCUUUUUCACGCCUAUAUUCCUCAGGAAUGGCACGUCAAGCAGUCAAGCUGUUUUUUUUUGUGUUGGUGAUUUUAUUCAGUAUUGUUCUUUUCAUAAUGUCUCAGGGACAUUUACCAAGUAACAUCAGAUAUAGAUGGAUAGCCAUGUCGGCAGUAAAACAUUUCAAACGACUGGACAGUUUUUAUAAAAAUGAAAGAUUGUGGCAAAAUGAAGGAAAUGUGACCUUAUUGAAUGCUACGAGAGAUUCACUGACAAUGUUAGAGAUGGAUCAAAUGAAUAAAUCUCGUUUUGAAUAUCCCAUUCCAAUAAUAUACAAAAGAUACUUCAAGAAGCUUCCUCAGUGGACUUUUGAGGAUAUUUAUAACUUGGAUGCUCCUCCAAGAUCUACGAAAUGUGCCCAGUCUCUGCGCAACUCCAAGGACGAGGACUUUCAGAAAGCUUUCCUUCCCAACAUUCGCAUGUUUCUGCAUAAAGAUAACAUCAACAUGAGAGAGUGGAACCGGCUCUCACAUUUCAACAAUCCCUUUGGCUUUAUGGAUAUGGCGUAUGAAGAUGUAAUGCCAGUGUUGAAGCUGAUCUCAAAGCCCAAAGAACCGCUGCUCCGCCCAAAACCAGGCGGGGACGGCUGCAUUCACUGUGCUGUGGUGGGAACAGCAGGCAUCCUGAACGGCUCCAAGAUGGGCGCUGAGAUUGAUGCUCAUGACUACGUCUUUAGGAUGAACGGCGCGGUGAUCGAAGGCUACGAGGAAGACGUGGGGAACAGAACAUCGGUGUAUGUUCACACAUCUUUCUCCAUCUCUUCGUCCCUUUAUAUAUUCAAAAAGUACGGAUACAAAUCGGCUCCACAUGAUGAGGGUAUAAAGUACGUCAUGAUUCCUGAGGGGAUGAGGGAUUACAAGUGGCUCAAGGCUCUGAUCAGAGAAGACAAGGAGUCUGGAAAGAACAGCCCCAGAACUUACUAUUCAGGCCAGUACAAUGAGAGCCGGUUUUAUGUUCUGCACCAGGAUUUCCUGCGAUACGUACGAAACAGGUUUUUAAAAUCAAACAAUCUUAAUCGAGGAUACUGGGCAAUCGUUCGUCCAACCAACGGGGCAUUCACUGUCUUUACAGCUCUGCACGCUUGUGACACUGUGAGUGCCUACGGAUUCAUCACAGAAGACUACAAAAAAUACUCCUGUUACUACGCUGAGAGGCACCUGAAAACCAACGUGAUUUUCUACAGCAACCACGACUACAUCAUGGAGAAGAAUUUAUGGAAGAGGCUUCACGACAAAAAGAUAAUGAAGCUUUACCAAAGAACUUGAUCACAAGAUGGGAUCAACAAACAGUUCUGAAACUCUGAGGAUGAUUUUAAAAACAAAAUAUACGGAGAGUGUAGUUACUCUGGUUUGUGUCAUGCUUUUGCGAUGGCUUAAAUAAAUGUGAAAUGUAUAGACCAGUGAAGAUUUUUGGUAUAAAUGUUGCAUUUGAUGUUAAGAAAUGUAAUAAACAUUGUGUGACUGAAGGAAAUUAAGAUUUAAUUUCAGUGUCUAAUCUGCAAAUUCCCAGAAAAUAUGUGGCAAAUUUAGAUUUAUAAGAUUUGUGCAAAACAAUGUCCCAGAACUUAUUCUUUACUGCAGAACAAUGAGACCGGGUUCUAUUUUCUUCUUUAGGACUUUCUGUGAUAUGUACUGAUCAGGUCAGUAUUAUUUUUGCAGAUUUUUUGGCACUUUGUGGACUUUAUUGGAUAAUAUAAACAAUGUGGAGAAGGGGAAGACUUGCAGCAAAUUACAGCCACCAGGAAUCAACAACUGCAUCGAGGUUUAUAGCCUCUGAAAUGUUGCUUCAGCUCCAUAAACUGAGCCACCCAGCAACCCAAGGUCAAUAUUUAAUCACCAUAAAGCAGUGCACAUACUUCGCUAAUGUGCUAAUGACAAAGCUAAUUUUUAGCUUAGCGCUGCACCUUAAAACUCAGAAACUACAUAUUUUAGUCAUAAAAUAAAUCUGUUCACCUCAACAUCAACCACCCAGCAUUGUUUGCAAGACAAUGUGUGCGUAAGUGAUGUGUAUAUUAUAACCAUAUCGUCAAAA